AUGCCGAUCGUUCCCAGAGGUAUAUUUAAGGUCCGUGAAGAUAUUCCAGAGGCAUAUUCAACUAUUGGUACACCAGAUUAUAUAGCCCCUGAAGUCUUAUUGAAGAAAGGUUAUGGAAUGGAGUGUGAUUGGUGGUCACUUGGAGCUAUUAUGUAUGAAAUGUUGGUGGGUUAUCCACCAUUCUAUUCUGAUGAACCAAUGGCAACUUGUCAGAAGAUAGUGAACUGGAGAACUCACCUUAAAUUCCCAGAAGAAGCCAAGUUGUCAGCAGAGGCAAAAGAUCUUAUUAGUAAACUGCUUUGCAAUGUAGAGCAGAGGCUUGGAACUAAAGGCGCUCAUGAAUUAAAGGCACGUCCAUGGUUUAAAGGCAUUCAAUGGGACAAAUUAUAUCAAAUGGAGGCAGCAUUUUUUCCAGAAGUGAAUGAUGAGCUUGGCACUCAAAAUUUUGAGAAAUUUGAAGAGGCUGGAUCACAAAUGCAAUCUUCAUCCAGGACAGGUCCAUGGAGAAAGAUGCUUUCUUCAAAGGAUGUAAAUUUUGUAGGUUAUACCUACAAAAACUUUGAAAUUGUUAAUGAUCAUCAAGUACCCGGUAUUGCAGAGUUGAGGAAGAAAAGUAAACCCAAGCGGCCUUCCAUCAAAACUUUAUUUGAUCCAAUUGUUGUUGGUAAAGAACCAAUCCAAGGAAGUUUUUUAAACAUGUUGCCGACACAAAUUGAAACAUCUGAAAGUCCAGAGCCAUCGCCACCAGGUAUUAUCUCUUCACCAAAUCGGUUGUCUUCUUUUCAGCCACAUCCUCUGCAUCCCAGAUGACCAGUCACAAUCUACUAUGGAGUGAUUGCCAUACAACAACGAAAAUGUUGCAGAGGAACCAUUUACACAUUUGUACUCAAGUUGGGAUCUAGGAAAUCAUAUAGGAACCUGUGGGCCACAGUGUGACAUAAUGCUGAUAUUGUAAGUUUUUGGAUAAAGUUUCCCAGUUUUAGGAUGAAAUUGUUGCAAUAAAUAUGCCUGCAUCUGGUCAAAUGAGGCGGCUUUUCUGGGUGUCAAUUGUUGCUUUACAUGC